AUGCGUCGCCUUAAGGCUUCCAUAUGGCAUACCGACUACAGUCGGAACGAAGAUGAGCCAUCAGGCUGUAGCUCCCAAGUCCCGAGCUCUCUCCAGCUUGAUCUUUAUCUUCAACUUCAUCUUCAUCUUCAAUCUCCGACUUCAUAUUCUCUGGAGCUCCUGUUCUUCAAAGACUUCAUGAUCAUGGUAGACUCAGACUCCUGCCUUCUUGUCACCCCCCAAGAGGCAUAUAUCGGAUCAAUCGAUCAAGGUACCACCAGUACGCGCUUCUUGAUCUUCAACCGUGAGGGCGAGCCCGUUGCCUCGCAUCAAGUCGAGUUCAAGCAGUACUAUCCACAGCCGGGAUGGCACGAGCACGACCCGCGAGAGAUCAUAACCUCCAUCGAGACCUGCAUCGAGGGCGCCGUCGAGGCAUUUGAGGAGAAUGGUCACUCGGUCAGGUCGAUCAAGGCGGUCGGCAUCACCAACCAGCGUGAAACAACCGUGGUAUGGGAUAACGUGACCGGCGACCCUCUCUACAACGCCAUUGUGUGGACAGACACGCGUACGCAAGCUCUGAUUCGGAAACUCAAGUUACGACUCGGGUCAGAUCAGCUGCAAGAUAUCUGCGGUCUCCCGCUGUCCACCUACCCAUCCGUAGGCAAGCUGCUAUGGUUGAUCGAGAACGAGCCCAAGGUUGCAGACGCCUACGCGAGAGGCACCCUGGCAUUCGGGACCAUGGACGCAUGGGUCGUCUACAGACUCAACGGUGGCCCCAAGAAGAACAUCUUCGUCACUGAUCCGACGAAUGCCUCCCGGAGCAUGUUCAUGAACCUCUCUACAUUGAAGUAUGAUGAGCGCCUACUCGAUUUCUUUCGCUUCGACAUGACCAAGCUCCAUCUCCCCAAGAUCGUACGGUCCUCCGACCCGGAAGCCUUCGGAACGCUGAUUACAGGCGUACUUUCGGGUGUGCCCAUCACAGGCUGCCUAGGUGACCAGUCGGCGGCGCUUGUUGGCCAGAAAGGGUUCUCGCCGGGAAGAGCAAAGAACACCUACGGUACUGGCUGCUUCCUGCUCUAUCACGUCGGUCCCGAGCCUGUGUUCUCCUCGCACGGCCUUCUCUCCACGGUGGCUUAUGACUUUGACGGCACGCCGCAAUACGCACUUGAAGGCAGUAUUGCCGUGGCUGGGUCCAGUAUCAAGUUCCUGCAGGACAAUUUUGGCUUCAUCGGUUCCAGCAAGGAGAUCAGCACGUUGGCCGAGACUGUCGAGGAUAACGGUGGCUGUGUGUUUGUGACUGCUUUCAGCGGGCUGUUUGCACCGUACUGGAUUGAUGAUGCGCGAGGAACAAUUUUCGGCAUCACAGCCUACACGCAAAAAGGUCAUGUAGCCCGGGCCACCCUCGAAGCGACCUGUUUCCAGACCCGAGCUAUUCUCGACUCCAUGGAGAAGGACAGCGGAAAAAAGCUCGCCGAGCUGGCUGUGGAUGGCGGCAUGGCGAACUCUGACCUCUGCAUGCAGACUCAGGCAGACCUAAUCGGCAUCCCCGUCAAGCGGCCACGCAUGCUCGAGACAACCGCCCUCGGCGCCGCCAUCGCCGCUGGCUUCGCCGUGGGCGUGUGGUCCUCUUUCGACGAGCUCAAGAACGUAAACACAGCGGGCACGACCGUCUUUACGCCUUCCAUCGGCGCCGAGGAUCAGGGCCGCCGGAUCGCGAGGUGGGAGAAGGCGGUGCAGAUGACGAGGGGCUGGGAAGGCUAG